AUGAUUGCAGCAGUGGAAUCAAUCCUUUGUCAGACGGAGGCAACGGAGGAGACUAAGAACCUCAUCCGACACCAAGUGUCGUCUCUCCUGAUGGCCCACAGGCCGCGGGAAGUGCUUUCCAAGGUCGAACGUGAUGGGCUUAGAGAACUCAAGGCCGACAAAGACCUGGUCAUCGUGCCAGCGGACAAGGGACGCGCCACAGUUGUACUGGACAGGAUAGACUACCUACAGAAAGCCAAAGGUUUACUGGAGGACCGACAGUUCUAUGUCCCAUGUGCAACGAACCCUUUAAAGGCGCUGACACGCGAAAUUAAUGCUACGUUGUUGGCUUUGGAGAACUCAGGCGCAAUAAAACCGACCGACAGACGCAUGGCGAGACCCCAAGAUACGGCUUUGGUCCGAUUCUAUGGCCUCCCUAAGGUGCACAAAGACGCGCUCCUCUCCGACCCAUCGUGUCGCUCAAAGGGACUCCAACGUACGGACUGGCGAAGUGGCUGUUCCGGCGUUUCAAGUUCCUGACCGCUGAGUCAGACACCACGGUCUCUUCGUCAGCACAAUUCCUGGAGAAACUCAAAGGGGUAAGCAUCCAUCCAAAUGAGGUCAUGGUAUCUUUUGAUGUUACAUCCCUUUUUACUUCUAUUCCCCAGGACCUGGCGAUCGAGACAAUUGAGCUGCUACUACAAAGCAAAUACGAUGAAAUGGAAAACCGUCUUGGACACGCCCAAAUGCUUCAGCUCUUGAAGCUCUGUCUCGGGACGUACUUCACGUUCAACGGGACAAUCUACGAACAGGUGAAGGGCACACCAAUGGGUUCGCUGAUUUCGGGAUUCAUCGCCGAGGCGGCCCUGCAACGGUUAGAGUCGCUGGUCUUCCAACACCACAGACCGAAAUUCUGGGCCCAGUAUGUGGAUGUCAACUUCGUCGUUAUCGAACGGGAUCAGGUGUUGACAUUCCACGAACAUCUCAACGCCGUCUUCCCGGACAUUCAAUUUACGAUGGAGGAGGAAGAGAACAACCAGCUGGCCUUCCCGGAUGUCCUCGUAUACCGCAAGGAUUGCGGUGGACUUAAGACCAAAGUGUUCAGGAAAGCGACAAAUACGAUGCAAGUACUGAACUUCAACAGUAACCACCCAAUCAGCCACAAACGCAGUUGUGUAAGGACGCUCUAUCGGCGUGUCGAAACGCACUGUAGUGAGCCGGAAGACAAAAUUGCUGAACUACAAUACCUCCGACGGGUUUUCAGAGCCAAUGGCUACCCGCGCAACUUCGUCGACCGGUGCAUACGCAAAAGGGACAAAAGGCCUAACCGCACGGACACCAAGUCCUGGCGGGCACUUCCGUAUGUCGCACCACUUGGGGUUGGAGUGGCACACAGACCGGAGGCAACCAUCAAGCGUCUGAUCAUGAAACCGAAAGACCCACUGCCACGGCUAGAAACUUCUGGAGUCGUUUAUCGGAUCUGGUGCAGUUGCGGACAAAGCAACUACGUUGGAGAAACCGGAAGACAGCUCCGAACGAGAAUGGCCGAACACGCGGCAGCGGUGCGCAGAAAUGACGCCAGCUCUCAAGUUGCAGUUCAUUCGACGAGAUCCGGCCACACAUUUAAAUUCGAUGAGGCCGAAAUUCUCGCAAGAGGUAACAACCGAGUGAGCCGGGAGCUACUGGAAUCAUGGUUUACUGGCCGCCAGUCCAUCAACAAGUGCAACGAUCUUCCCAUUCCAUACUCCGUGCUGAAAUUUCGCCUAGGCGGGGUAACAGGCUAUGCGGGGAGCGCAGAGGUGAACACUCUUCCCAACACCGGGGUCGAUGCGUCAGAUGGUCGAGCAAUCAUCACGCCAACAUCCAACGCACGUGAUAAAAUUGCAGCAAUUAUGGACUCGAAUGUCGGCCAUCAAGCAAUGAUCACACCAAGCGCUACGAUCCCGGAUGAAGGGGGGAGCCGUGAAUGUUCAUAG